AUGGCAGAAGAGUUACAAAGAGAAAUGACGGGUAUCGGUGGUAUCUCUGCAGUAGCUGCCGCCACGGCUGCUGUAUUAACAACAAAGGUGGAAGAUAAGAUGAAGUCUCCAAGAAUGACUAAACCAGCUGCGACAACUACAGUCGCUCCCAAAGCUAGUCUGAGGACCACAUUACCUAAAACACAAACAUCAUUAAUACCAGUUCCAAAAACACCAGUUCCACCAAAACCAUUUACAGGCACUUUAAAUUUUAAAAAGACAGUUUCAGAAAGAAAUGGCACCAAGAUCACUACUUCAAGACCAAUUACAGCGUCUAAGGUAAGCUUGAGUCAAAGACCGGCUGCCAAAUCAGCUACUACAGCUCCAGCCCCUUUACGUUUAUUAUCAUCAACUGCUAGAUCUGCACCGACUGAAAAGAGACCAACGACUUUAACAAGCAAAACCACCACGAUAACCUUCUCUGCCGACAAAACGUCAAGCACAAAUAAGGUAAUAAAAUAA